UGUGGAAUGGGCAUCGCCAGCUCGGACCUGGGUGCCAAGAACUCUGCAUACGCUUAGUUCCGGGACGACCUUUUCCCGCACCGGACUCCAACAACCCUCAGCUUUGACUCACGCCCCGCCCUCGACGUCCGAAACCACUACCUCAACUCGAUGAACCCGUUUCCACAAGCAUGACCGAAGAAUUGCCCGACCGUGGUACUGUCCUUCCAGUACCUGGAAAACGGAACAUACUUGUCACUAGCGCCCUCCCAUACGUGAAUAACGUACCCCACCUUGGAAACAUAAUAGGCUCCGUGCUUUCAGGGGAUGCUUUUGCGAGAUACUGCAGAGGCCGUGGUCUGAACACUCUUUACAUUGGUGGGACGGACGAGUACGGAACAACAACAGAGGCAAAAGCACUCGUAGAGAAAUGCACACCGCAAGAGCUCUGCGACAAGUAUCACGCCAUUCAUUCCGAGAUAUAUAAAUGGUUCAACAUCAGUUUCGACAUCUUUGGCCGCACCACAACCCAGCUUCAGACAGACAUCACCCAGGAUAUUUUCCUGAAACUAGACAAGAAUGGCUUUUUGAAAGAACGGGUGACAACUCAGCUCUACUGCCAAGAGCAUCACUCGUUCCUUGCAGAUCGCUUCGUGGAAGGCGAGUGCCCUGCCUGCGGCUAUCAGGAUGCGCGUGGCGACCAAUGCGACCUUUGCGGCCAACUUCUGGAACCUCUUGAACUCAAAAACCCUCGAUGCAAAGUCGACGGUUCCACACCGAUGACCAAGGAUACAAAACAUAUUUUCUUGGAGUUGGACAAGCUACAACCCGAAAUUGCAACGUUCUUUCAACAAUCCGCCGAAAACGGCACGUGGACAAACAAUGGCAAGCACAUUACUUCGGCCUGGUUGAAGGAAGGAUUGCAACCCCGCAGCAUAACCAGGGAUAUGAGGUGGGGAACAGAAGUUCCUCUGCCAGGCUACCAGGACAAGGUCAUAUAUUCAUGGUUUGACGCUUGUAUCGGGUAUGUGUCCAUUACAGCCCAGUACACUGAUCAGUGGGAGAAGUGGUGGCGAAGCCCCCAGGAUGUUCAACUGCAUCAGUUUAUUGGGAAAGACAACGUCGUCUAUCAUUCCGUGAUUUUCCCUGGUUCUCAGAUCGGCACUGGAGAAACCUGGACAAAGCUGCACCACCUAUCUACAACAGAUUACCUCACAUACGAGGGUGGAAAAUUUUCCAAAUCACGUGGUAUUGGCGUCUUUGGGGAUUCAGCCCAAAAGACUGGCAUCCCUUCUGACGUAUGGCGCUACCACCUGCUCUCCCAUCGACCAGAGACUGGUGAUAGUGAGUUUACUUGGGAUUCUUUCAUCAGCUCUAACAACAACCUGCUCCUCAAAAACAUCGGCAAUUUCGUCAACCGUGUUCUGAAAUUUGUCAACUCGCAGCACUGCAACAAUGUUGUGCCAGACUGGACCGGUUACAAUGAGGCUGAGUUCGAUACUUGGAAACGGGAAAUCAACGAGCUUCUCACGCAGUACAUUCGUGAACUCGACGCCGUCAAACUUCGCUCUGGCUUGUCCACGGUCCUCCACAUAUCUCAGCAGGGCAACGCCUUUCUUCAAUCGAAUAAGCUUGACAAUAGUCUUGCUUUGAAUGAACCUCCGAAAUGCGCCACCGUUGUUGGUCUAGCCAUCAACUUGAUUCAUCUCCUUGCCUCCAUCAUAGCUCCGUACAUGCCCGAAACAGCAAACUCCAUAAAUAGGCAACUCCGCAUGGAUCCACUUCCGAUCCUCGACCAUUGGGACGCAGAUUCCGUCAAGCCCGGGCAUGAGAUCGGGAAGGCUGAAUACUUGUUCAGCCGCAUCAAGCCUGAGAAAGCAGAAGAAUGGCGAAAACGUUUUGGAAGCGAAGAGGCUAAGAAGAUUAAAGAGGAAGAAGUUGCGAUGAAGGCGAGGAAAAGCGCAGCCAUGAGAGCGGGGAAGAUGCCGAAAGAACCAAAAGGAUGAAGCUACACUGGCCAUUCUCAUCGACAAAAUCGAGCAGGGUCCCCAACCCCCAAUGGAAUAUGGGCAUUAUCGAGUAAUUUCGAUCUCCACUGCUAGAUUCAAAUCAUCAUGAUAUUGUAAUUCAAUCAAGUAGAGGGCCAGAAAUUGGUGGUAGGAGCAGCCCAGAGCGCACCAGAGGAAUUCACAAGCGCAAGCAAGGUGCAUG